AGCAUUUAAGUGUUACACCGGAAGUACCGCAUGUUUGUAGUAGUUACAAACAUUGAAGAAUGUGGACUGUAUAUACCUUUUAAUACCUCAUGGAUGAUGAACAUACUAAGGACUACCGGGAGCCGUGCCUGGUGUGCUCCGAGGUGGACUGGGGGCUGACGGAUGAGGGCAAGUUCUACUGUAGGUCCUGCCAGAACGUCAUCGAGAGAACCAAAGAAUUGGACCCUGAGGACGUCUUUUGUGGUUCCAGCUCAAGAAUCUCCUCUAUUUCUCAAAGUCUACGGCAGAAGAAAAAACUAGAGCGAGGCCGGGAAUGGAUGGUGUGUGAGGCCUUCCAGUUUAUCCUGCAGAAGCAAGCCAGCGCUCUCCUGGAGAUGGGCGUGGACCCACAGUUCAAGGACGGGGUACUGCUGACGUUCUGGAGGCGAUACCUGCAGAAGAGCCAGCAGGCCUACAGCAAGCGCAAGGAGCGGGCGAGACUGGUGUCGGAUUGCUCCGAGUCGGACAGCGCCCCGGGAUCCGUGUUGAGCGGCUGGUCUGAGAGCGACGAGGUGGACACGGAGCUCGGCUCGGUCUCGGGGUGCAGGUCCCCAAGCUCCGCGGUGUCCAGCGACGUGGCCUCGGUGUGCUCGGGCUCCCUGGACGGAGGGCAGUACAGGUCGAAGGCCCGGCGCUGCGGGAUGCUGAUGAGCCUGCCCAUGACGCUGGCCUUCUGCCACCUGUCCCUGCUGUGGCUGAGGGAGCCGCUGGCGCUGGCCGACCUCCUCAGGUUUGUGGCAGCGGGACUCAUUCCAUACGUGAAUGUCUAUCAGAUCCUCCCCGAAGAGAUGAGACUGUUCGGCCAGGACCUGCAUAUAUUUCGGACGGAGUCCAUCCCUUCACAUAAGAGCGUUCAGAAGGAGGCGCACCGCGUGGCAGUGUUCCUGGAUCUGCCGCGCUUUCCACCAAUCACAGAGGACUGCUUCCUGCAUCCCAGCGUGCUUUGCAUCAAGUACCUCAUGGAGGCCAACUUACCAGAUGAGCUCCACAGCUGGGUCUGCCGGGUGAUCAGCCACACUGGCAUGGGCAAGGAGGCCUUCCUGACCUAUGACCCCUUGCAUAAAAAAACACAGCCCCUCAACUACGACAUCCAAGCUGCGGCCCUGAUCAUCGUGACUUUAAAGCUGCUUUUUAAGCUGGAUGACAAGAUGGAGUGAAAAAACGAGCUUCAGUUUCCGGAAAUGGUUCAAGACGGUCAAGCAGACGCUGGACGAGGCGCUGGAGAAGGAGGAGCGGGAUGUGGCC